CAAGUUUUUGUUGUGCUUUCACAUUCCGAGUACCCUGUGCCGUUGCAGCUAUGCCUUCUCCAGAUGAAGCCUCAACAUCUUCUCCUCCGGACCCUGCUCCAACGUUCAAGUCGCUUGGGCUGAUAGAUCCGCUGCUGGAGGCCGUCAAGCAAAUGAACUUCAAUACACCUACGGAUAUUCAAAUCCAGUCUCUCCCGCAUGCUCUUCAAGGCAGAGAUAUCAUCGGCGUAGCGUCUACUGGCUCCGGAAAGACAGCUGCUUUUGCACUUCCUAUUCUCCAAAAGUUAUGGGAGGACCCGAAGGGUCUGUUCGCGUGUGUCCUUUCGCCCACCAGGGAACUUGCCUACCAGAUUUCGCAGCAGUUUGAGGGUCUCGGAUCAUCCAUGGGGGUGCGGUGUGCAACUAUUGUGGGAGGAAUGGACAUGAUGGCCCAAUCGGUCGCACUAGCAAAACGGCCGCAUAUCGUGGUUGCUACUCCCGGACGGCUAAAUGACCACCUAGAGAAUACUAAGGGGUUCAGUUUGAGAGGCCUGAAAUUUCUUGUUUUGGACGAAGCGGAUAGAUUGCUGGACAUGGAUUUCGGGCCUAUAAUUGACAACAUAUUAAAGGUCAUACCGAGGGAACGUACGACAUACCUGUUCUCUGCCACGAUGACUACAAAAGUUGCUAAGCUUCAGCGAGCGAGCUUGUCCAAUCCCGUCCGUAUAGAAGUCUCAGAAAAGUAUUCUACAGUGUCGACCUUACUGCAAUACUAUUUGUUCAUCCCGCUAGUCCAGAAAGAUGUCCACCUCAUAUAUUUGGCCAAUGUCCUGGCACAAAACUCAAUCAUCAUCUUCACCCGGACCGUCCAUGAUGCUCAAAGAUUGUCGAUUGUGUUGCGCACUCUCGGCUUCCCCGCCGUCCCCUUGCACGGCCAGUUGAGCCAAAGCGCCCGUCUAGGUGCGCUAGCGAAGUUCAAGAGUGGUGGGCGGAAAGUGUUGGUCGCAACUGAUGUCGCCAGCCGAGGUCUGGAUAUCCCGCAUGUUGACGCUGUUAUCAACUACGAUAUUCCAACACACUCAAAAGACUACAUUCAUCGUGUAGGUCGCACUGCACGAGCUGGACGUUCCGGGAAAUCCAUUACGUUGGUGACACAAUAUGAUGUGGAACUGAUACAACGUAUCGAGGCUACGAUUGGGAAGAAAAUGGAAUUGUGGCCGACAGACGCAGAGGAGGUCGCACUGCUCAGAGAAAGAGUAGACGAAGCGGGCAGGAUCGCAAUUAAUGAACUGAAGGAACAAAGCGGCAAGCCAGGACAUGGCCGGAAGCGGAGGAGAGUGGAGGGCGGAGGAGACGACAGGGACAGAGAUGACGAUGUCGUGGAGGCUGGUAUGCCUUCGAUGAAGAAAAGAACUAAGGGAAGAAGGUGAAUGUGCGCUCCGGUAAUGUUGUAUCUACCAGAACUUCGGGCAUAGGCAUCGUAAUGCAGGAAAGAGGUCGGUCAGUCCUUGAACAUCAGGUCUGACCGGAGGAUGUACUUCGUGCCUUCGAUGACGGGAGAGCCCUCGUGCAGCAAGCACUCAUGCCCAUGGCUGCAAACGCGAUGCAAAAGAGCGGUGCCACGGCUCAGUGGGGCGAUUAUUGUUUGACGUCCUUUGCCUUUCUCAGUCGUGUAGAAGACGGUCUCUCCGCCUUUGACCUCAUCCUCUACCCCAGAGAGGUACACAAGGAGAGUCCACUCCGACUUGGCUCCGGUCUGCGGAUCGUGCACAGAAUCGUCA